AAACGCUAGAGUUUUGCAUCUGUUUGCGACUGCCAUGGACCAUGGUAACUGUAAGAAUUCCUUGUGAUUAGUUUGUAAAACUGUCAUAACAUUAGCUAUGACCGAGGAUUUAUUUAGAUGUGUAAAACGCAAAUUAAAAUCAGAAUUCUAUGUAAUGAAUGAUGACUGGUUAAGAGAUUGUAUACAAUUCUAUGUACAGCAAAACCAAAAUUCGAGUAACCAGGAGAUUUUAGAAUUUGUAAAAAUACAGUGGCAACUUAGCAACUUGCGAGAAAUUAAUAAUGAAAAUGGAAGUUUACCACGUAAUAUUUCAGGGCAAAAGUCUAUUGUAUUACCUGAAAAUUAUAUUCUCCAGGUGGAACAAAUGUAUGAUAUUGCAACAUCCAAAUAUAAACAAUUACAGAAUAUCAGAAAUACUCAUUUUUCAGAGGUAGAGGCAACCGAAGAACAAAAAAUGGAACAAUGGAAAUGCCCGAAAAAGAGAAUGAUACAAUUAAAAUUAACGGACGGAAUACAGGAUAUAAUUGGAAUUGAAUACAACCCUAUGUCUAUAUUAAAUGAAAUGUUAUUACCAGGAUACAAAGUUAUGAUAAUAGGACCAGUAAGAUGCCGUCGAGGUGUUUUAUUGUUAGAAGAAAAAAAGUUGAAAAAAAUUGGUGGUGAAGUGGAUAGUUUACUAAUUCCUAAUGCUUUAGAAAAUGUUCUGGCUCGAGCUUUAAAUGUUGAAGAAAAUCCAGAUCCUUAUGGUGAUAACGAGCUCAAAUCAAAUAACAUUGUACAAAGAGAAGAACCAGCGAAUGAAUUGGAAAAUAUCUUUGAAGAUGAAUUUGAGAUAAACUUUGAAGAAGUUUCUGAAAUUGAAAAUACACACAGGAAAAGUCAAAAACAGCCUAAUGUUAAUACAAUGCAAGUUGAAGCUAUGCAAAAAAAUCCUUUUACCAACAUCAAUAUUGAAAAUACGAGCAACUACAGUUGUACAGUACAAGCCGAAAGAAAAAACGUUAUUGUUAAUAAUGUAGAAAAGAAAAAUGAUCAUAGAUCUAGUGAGGAAAUAAUUUUAGACGACGACGAUUACUUUCUAGAAAUGGUUGAUGAAGGCCAGCUUAUUGAAUCACAACCGGAACAAAAAAUGUCCGUUAGAGCUCCGUUUAGAGCUCUCCCAAAAGAAGAAGACGACGAUCUAAUUAUAAUAAACGACGACGAUAUGGUUGAAGAGAUAAAGCAUGAAAAUAUGAACAAAUCUGUAGUAAAACAAGAAAUAUCUUCUCGUUCAAAUUCUCCAUGGUUUAUGAAUAAAACGAACUCGUCGAAAAAUGCAUCUACUUCAAGAUCUUGUGUUCAAUCAACAGAUACAACUAUGCCUUCUAUUGGAGCGAAAAGACUAAUUCCAAUGUCUCCAUCGGAUCGUGUAAUAAAAAAGAAAGGCAGAAUUGAUAGGAAAAUCACAGAAUUUACAAAUAGAUCUAGUUCUCCAGAUGUAAAACUUUGUGAUUUUAUCUAUGAUAUAAAUAAUGAUAUUAUAACAGAAAAGACUAUUAAAACAAUUUGCGGACGCGUAGAGGUUCUCGGAAAAUUAUCAAAGCAAAACACAUCUUGGAAUUUAGAUGCUACUCUAGUGGAUGGUACUGGAAAAAUAGAAGUUACUUUUACAAAUGAAGUUCUUGAAAAUUUAUUAGGUUUCAGUGUACAGCAAUUUUCAUUAAAGAAGAAAUUAAAAAAAAAUCCUGAAAUCGAACUUGAACUUAGAACG